GUUGCAAUGGGCGAUAAAAUGUUGACCGCAGGGCAUGUAUAUAUACAGUUUUUUGAUAUAACAAUAACUGGCCUGAGUGAUUCCUUAUUUGUUAAGUUAUGAGGAUUCUUCUUUGUUAUGUGUAUAUGUUGGCUUAUUUUGCGGUGACUGAUGGUCAUCUAUGGUGGGGAAAGCACGAUGAAGAUUGUCAGGUGACGGCGUGGGGACCUUGGUCCACUUGCAGUAAACUUUGCGGACAAGGGCUGACAUACCGUACGAGAAAUAUAACGGUGAUGCAUCAACACCAUGGCCAAAGAUGUCCAUCAUUAGAACAAACAAACCUCUGUUUUGUGAAACCCUGUCCCAUGAUAUGCCGCUGGGGGACUUGGGGUGAAUGGAGUUCGUGUGAUAAAUGUGGAGGAGGGUUACGUUCAAGGUACCGAAAAGUAGCUUUCCCUUCACUAUAUGGUGGCCAAAGAUGCGAGGGGAGUGACGCGGGGAUCGACUACAACUGCACAAUAACUGGAAAUUGCAGCAUGCUAACCCAGCAGUGUUCGAAAUCACAGCCCUUGAGAUGUGACAGCGACAGUCAUUGUAUCGCAUCUUGGUUGAAAUGCAACGGCGAUGCCGAUUGCGAAGAUACAUCAGACGAACGUAAUUGUACAACAGCCAGAAAUCCUUGUGGCGGGGUCGUUUACAAAUCAAUCCCAAAUAUAGGGAAUAUCGGAGCCGGGUAUGACAUUUUAAAAGCUGAAAGCAUGGGCCACGUACUUGAUAAUAACAAGUAUGGUGGAACGUGUGACACCGUGUAUUUGGGCGAAUUUCAAAAAAGAUUCAGGAAGCCAUAUAAUAUCCAAAGCUACCGUUCUUCCGCAGAAGUGCACACCACAUUGCGGGUGAGUUCAUACAGAAAUACGAUGGAGCUGAAUGAGAAAAAGAACAAAGAUUACGAGUAUAAGAUUUCUGCGGAAAUCUCGUUUGCCUACGACGACAUCGUUACAUACGGAGCAAAGGCAGCAAAAUCGGAAGAGAACGUAUGGAAGAAAAUCAUUGAAUCUAGCAUAGAAACAGACUACAAGUAUUUUAUUCUAACUAGUAGAGUUCGCAUAGGACAAUUCAAUAUAAAUCGCAAGGGCUUGAAGUUGUCUUCACAAUUCCGACAGCGUAUUGGAGAACUGCCUAUCGAAUACGACUACGCGAAGUACAUGGACUUAAUUCGUGAUUUCGGGACACAUUAUUACUCCUCUGGCGUUGUGGGAGGUAUAUUUAAAGUUGUAUUUCAGUACGCCAAAAGUCUGAUUUCACGCACAAAACUAACAGAUGAGGAACAGAAAAGCUGCAUAACGACCGAAGCAGCUGUGACAAUUUAUGGCAUAAAACCAUCCUUGUCAACAAAAAAUUGUGCAGGCAGUGGUUCCUCGAGCUCUAGUGAACGAACUUUCUUGCACUCGGCUUCCAAAACGACAUCAAGUGUUGUAGGAGGAAGCUCUAAAGCGGCCGCGGUGUUGACGCUCCUUGGGGAGGACACAGAUCACGGAAAAUACCAGCAAUGGGUUGACAGCAUAAAGCACAAUCCGGCCAUUAUAGAUUUUAAACUCGCCCCAAUUUCUGAUCUGGUUCCUUCAGGCCAUAUCAGAAAAAACACAGAACGAGCAUUGUCCGAGCUUUUUGAUCGUUAUGAUCCCAAUCGGUGCAGUCUUGGAUUUUGCAGAAAUGGUGGGAAAUUUGUCAUACUGGAUCAAGGUAGAAAAUGUGUCUGCCUGUGCCCAUCAAACUAUUUCGGCGUAGCAUGUAUGAAAAAGGUCUAAUUUCGAUAUGAAUCCGUUAUUUUUAUGAUUGUGUAUAAAUAUGGUACGGUACCGUUCUAGGAUAUUGUGUACUUAACUGCAAGUCCUUUCUCCUAGUUCACUUACUAGUCUGACCUGACUGAUUAGCCUGUGCAUGUAAACAAUCCUGUGAGGAAAAUUUAGGCACGGCCCAUGCAGAACAAAGGGUUAUGGCCUGCCAUAUUAUAAGCAUUUUUUUAUGAAAGAUAGUAUAAUACAAGGUGAUGGAGACACAUUAAAUCCAAUCAUACUUUAA